GAGUAUCGCCUGGCGAUGGAAUCAUUUGAGUGUUAUUGUAUGCAUCAACGAUAUACUUGGCUGGCAGUGGACAUUUCUCGCAACUAUACUCUAAAGCUCCUCUGUUCUCAAGAUCAGCGACAUUGUGUAACAGCACAACUGUUGCAAGAGAAUAACUUCGACUAUGUGCUGUUUGUGGACUCCGACAUGGGCGUUAUUAAUCCGAACAGGCGAAUCGAAGAAUAUAUUAUAGAAAACAAAGACAUUGUCUUUUACAAUCGCAUUUGGAAUUUCGAGAUAAUGGCCGGAAGCUUCCUUGCUAAGAAUACUAAAUUUGCAAUCAAUUUUCUGAGGAUGUGGGCAAAUUACAAUUAUCAUGUGCCGCGGUCGUUUCACGGAUCCGAUAACGCUGCUAUUCAU